ACUUUAAAGAGGAAGGAAAAAGAAUAUGAACAUGAGAUGGAGCGGCUGGCAAGAGAGAAGAUUGCUACCCAGCAGCGACUGGCAGAGUUGAAGAACGAGUUGAGCCAGUGGAUGGACAUCUUGGAGAUUGACAGAAUUAUUCGACAGACAGUCCAGCCGGAGGAUGACCAGGCAUCUACCUCGACAGCAUCAGAGGGUGAAGACAACAUGGAUGAAGACAUGGAAGAUGACAGGCCAGUGAACUCAUUACCAAAACUAACCCAGCGCCAGCACCCAGAGCUCCUGAAAGCCGUCCCUCCAAACGCUCCCCCAGCCCACGCACAGCCUCCCAUCCAGACACAAGCACUGGUCCAGCCGCCGGCGAUCGUCCCUGCACAGACUCACAUCGUGGCGGCUUCGACAGUGCAAUCGACUGUUAUCGCCCACACCGCCACCACCCACGCUUCGGUCAUUCAAACUGUCAACCACGUGAUUCAGGGUCCACAGACCAAGCACAUUGCUCACAUUGCACCUUCCACGUCCAGCCCCGUGCAACUUACCACUGCUGCUCAGCCGAUCGGCCACAUCACUGUGCACCCAGCCACCAUCAACCACAUGGCCCACCUCGGCCAGCAGCUGCCCAUCUACCCUCAGCCCGUGGCUGUCAGCCAGCCCGUCGUGAGCCACAUCGCUCACACCAUCUCGCACCAGCAAGUGAAUGGAACCACAAACCUUGGCCAGCAAGCCAUGAUGGCCAAGCCUGCUGUAGGAACCCAAGUCGUCCAUCACCCGCAGUUAGUUGGGCAGACGGUCCUAAACCCGGUGACUAUGGUAACGAUGCCAUCAUUCCCAGUGAGCACGCUGAAGCUGGCCUAG